AUUCUCAGAAACCUCACCUUCAACCUCACACCUGGUCCUCAGCUGCUAACACAAUGAGCUACUACUACGGCAACUACUAUGGUGGCCUUGGCUAUGGCCUUGGUGGCUUUGGUGGCUUUGGUGGCCUGGGAUAUGGCUAUGGUUCCAGCUAUGGCCUUGGGGGCUAUGGUGGCUAUGGCUACUUCAGUCCCUCUUUCUAUGGAGGAUAUUUGUCUUCUGGGUUUUACUGAGAAAAUUAUUAUCACUUCAGAACUCUGAACAUUUUUUGUCAAUCAUAUGAUUUUCUGAAGAAGGUACCACCAUGCUAUGGUGCUGUUUGAAUCCAUGGGCACUUAGGUCCCUGGAUAGGGAUCGCAUUACUAAAAUGGUAUCGUGUCAGCAACUCCUGAUUAUGAUGUGUUGGCUUCUGACUUUUGUCUUCUGUGACAUUUCCGCGUUAUUUCAAAAAUAAAGUUUCCUCU